AUGGCCACCGCACUGGUGGAGUCCACUACCCUCUUCCUGCAUGACCGCUGCUACCUCCUCACUGGGCUCCCUACUUCUGCCCUUACCACCAAGCAGCGGCAGAAGCGGCGGCAGCAGCAGCAGCAGCGACACAGCAGCGACAGUUCGCAGCCAGGAGGCCGCGCCACCUGCGGGCCGGCCGGAGCGGGCAGCGCCGAGCCCCUUCCCCGGGCACCCGCGUUCAUGCAACGCCUGCUGGGUAGCAUCGGCGACCACGAGCGCGCCAUCGACUUCAGCCCGUACUUGGAGCCGCUGGGCGCGCCGCAGGCCCCGGCGCCGACCACGGCCACGGACACCUUCGAGGCGGCUCCGCCUGCGCCCGCCCCCGCGCCCGCCUCCUCCGGGCAGCACCACGACUUCCUCUCCGACCUCUUCUCCGACGACUACGGGGGCAAGAACUGCAAGAAGGCGGCCGAGUACGGCUACGUGAGCCUGGGGCGCCUCGGGGCCGCCAAGGGCGCACUGCACCCGAGCUGCUUCGCGCCCCUACACCCGCCGCCCCCGCCGCCGCCGCCGCAGCCCGCCGAGCUCAAGGCGGAGCCGGGCUUCGAGCCCGCGGACUGCAAGCGGAAGGAGGAGGCCGGAGCGCCGGGCGGCGGUGGCGCAGGCAUGGCGGCUGGCUUUCCGUACGCUCUGCGCGCCUAUCUCGGCUACCAGGCGGUGCCGAGCGGCAGCAGCGGGAGCCUGUCCACGUCCUCGUCGUCCAGCCCGCCCGGCACGCCGAGCCCCGCCGACGCCAAGGCGCCCCAAGCUGCUUGCUACGCGGGGGCGGCACCGGCGCCCUCACAGGUCAAGAGCAAGGCCAAGAAGACCGUGGACAAGCACAGCGACGAGUACAAGAUCCGGCGCGAGCGCAACAACAUCGCGGUGCGCAAGAGCCGCGACAAAGCUAAGAUGCGCAACCUGGAGACGCAGCACAAGGUCCUGGAGCUCACGGCUGAGAACGAGCGACUCCAGAAGAAGGUGGAGCAGCUGUCGCGCGAGCUUAGCACCCUGCGGAACUUGUUCAAGCAGCUGCCCGAGCCCUUGCUCGCUUCCUCCGGCCACUGCUAGCGCGGCCCCCGCGCGCGUCCCCCUGCCGGCUGGCCUCCGCGCUGCUGGGCGCGCGACUCCGGGAAGCGCCCGCGCUCCCGCUCCCGCCCUCGCCCCUGGUGGCGCCGGCAAAACUUUGGCACUGGGGCACUUGGCAGCGCGGG